AUGGCCGGGAUAGAGAAGCUGGAGAUCCAUAGCAAGUCGUACAUCCUGCGCUGGGUCAAAGUUGACGAUGGCCACACCAUCUCGUGGAGUGUGCAGCCGCACAAGAAAUCGAUCAACUUCGGCAUCGUAAAACACCCAGGCUCCGGCGCGACUAACCUGACGGCGGCCAAUGUCGACGAGCUCAAUCGCACCUUCGACAACGUCGACAGCAGCGGUACCAACGCCAAGAGCGGACGGUUUUCUAAAAGAGACAAUAGCACGGCGCAGGAACAGUUGGCGAGCAAGGGCUUCAUCCCCAUGAAGUGGCAUGGCAAGUGCGAGGCCGACAAGGUGUCCAUGGGCACGUACGAUGUCCAGCAAGGCGAGGGCGGCAUGUUUGGUCUCGUCUUCGACAACACCUUCUCCAAGCAGACGAGCAAGACGGCCACCUUUGUCCUGUUGACCUUUCCCACCGGACAGCCGCCUCAGGGAGCCCACCAUCUGCCCAACCUGCAGGCUGGACCCAAUGCCGCCAAGAGCGCAACAAGCCUGGGAAAGCCGAGCUCGCGGUUGGGGGCGGCGGCCUCGGAGUCGGUGGUUAGUCUGCAGCGCGCCCGCGCAAAUAGUGCUUUGUCGGUUGCUGGACGUAGUGAUCCUGGGCAUGGAGCGGCAUCGGUAUCGGUCACAUACCACACAGGCAACCUGCUGAAGAGACGGCGCAAGAAGGGUCAGGGCUUUGCCAGGAGGUUCUUCUCGCUCGACUUCUCGUCUUGCACGCUAUCCUACUACUAUAAUCGAAACUCGUCCGCACUCAGAGGCGCCAUCCCCCUGAGCCUCGCCGCCAUUGCUGCCGAUGAACGACGCAGGGAGAUCAAUAUCGAUUCUGGCGCCGAGGUCUGGCAUCUCCGAGCAUCCAAUGCCAAGGACUUCACCGACUGGGCCAAAGCGCUCGAGAAGGCAAGCCGCAUUGCGCGUGGCAUGGAGCCAGGACCUGCUACGGAGGACCCCACCGCCGCCAAGGACAAGCUUCCUGUUCCUCCGGGGGGUCGACUGCAGAUUCCGAAUCAGCAGCAGGAGGAAGACCGCGAGUGGCAACAGGUCGAGUCUCUUGUCAGCCACGUUGUUGGCACAAGAGACGCACUGCGACGCCUGGUCAAGGAUAUGGCGGCCCAGAAGCAGUUUAUGCGUCCCUCGAGUUCCUACCUCUCGCCCGGCACGCCAAGCGUAAUAGACGAAAGUGAGGGCUACUUCUCUACGCCGCCACAGGAAAGGCGCCCCUUCUGGAGGCGCAAAUCCACGGCCACUCAUCAGCCUGUCAUCUCAUCUGUGUUGGCGGUGCCGUCGCCAGCUUCUGUUGCCACCAUAACGCCAAGCGAGACUCAUCCCAAGAGGAAGUCGAAAGGACCAGAGCAGGAAGAGCGAAGCAUCCAUGACCAUUGCGCUGCGCUAUUGAAUAAUCUGGACACGGUAGUGGCCGAGUUCACCACGGUGAUCGGGAAGAGCAAGCGCCGCCGGGCGCCAGCUCCCACAUCGGCGACGGGGUCAAGGCAGAGUCUGGAGUCUACCGCCUCCACAGAUGAGUUCUUUGACGCCGAAGCGGGCGAAACCGACAGUAGAGCCCAAGUCAUGAUGAUUGACCGCCAAAGCGAAGAGGACUCGCAGGGGUCCGAAGCAGAUGACGGGUCUAUCCACUCAUCAUCGUCAGUCUCGUCGGUCGACGACGAAGAGCCCAUGGAUGCCAACAGCACCGUUGCGCUGUUCCCCGCGAAACCCAAGUCGCUCGCCCCUUUGCCGCUUGAUAUCGGCAUUGAGCGCCGUCGUACCAUCGCAGCGUCUACGGUCCUCCCGCCGUCUCUCAUUGCAUUCGUACGCAAGAACGUAGGCAAGGAUCUUAGCACCAUCUCCAUGCCAGUAUCCGCGAACGAGCCGACGUCACUUCUCCAGCGCGUAUCGGAACAGCUAGAAUACGCGCAACUCCUUGACGUAGCCGCCAAGCUGAAGACACCCAAGGAACGCAUGCUUUAUGUCUCGGCGUUUGCUGUGUCGCAGUUCAGUGGUAACCGUGCCAAAGAACGCUCUAUUCGGAAACCCUUCAACCCGCUGCUGGGCGAGACGUUCGAAUUGCUCCGCACCGAGUCCGAGGUGCCAGGCGGUUUCCGACUCAUCGUGGAAAAGGUGUGCCAUCGACCCGUCCGGCUCGCGAUGCAUGCCGAUUCUGCCAACUGGUCCCUUGCGCAGAGCCCGGCACCGACACAGAAAUUCUGGGGCAAGAGUGCCGAGCUGACGACUGAGGGCAAGGUGCGCAUCGCGCUCCGCCUGGCAGAUGGCACCGAUGAGCUGUACAGCUGGAACAUCGCAACCAUGUUCCUCAGAAACGUCGUCAUGGGCGAGAAGUACGUAGAGCCCGUCGGUUCUAUGGCCAUCUGCAACGAAAGCACCGGCGCCAAGGCCAACAUCGAGUUCCGGUCCAAGGGCAUGUUCGGCGGCCGCGGCGAGGACGUGCAGGUCGAGACGUACGGGCCCGAUGGCGUGCACACGGGCACCAGUCUGACGGGCACUUGGACAUCGGCACUCCACAUCGUUGAAACUGGCCGCGGAGCCGGCAAGGAGAUCUGGCGCGUCGGCGAACUGGUCCCCAAUGCGGCCAAUACCUACGGCAUGACGACGUUCGCGGCGUCGCUGAACGAGAUCACCGAAAUCGAGAGGGGCAGGAUGCCCAUCACGGACACAAGGCUUCGUCCCGAUCAGAGGUUCUGCGAGAGCGGGAAAUUGGACGAGGCAGAGGAGCAGAAGGUGAUCCUGGAGGAGGCGCAGAGAGUCAGGAGAAGGGACUACGAGGCGCGUGGCGAGGAAUGGAAGCCCAGGUGGUUUGUGCGCAUCGGGGAUGGGCAAGACGGCGAGGAGGUGUGGAAGCUCAAGAGCGGCAAGGAGGGAUACUGGGAGACGCGGGAGCGCGGGUUCAAGGACGCUGGCUUGGAGGACCUUUUUCGGAGUAGCCAAGCGUGA